ACUGAAAAAGCUUUCCAGAGCCAGGCUGGCAUGUUCCACGCCAAGAAGAAGCCUAUUCGUUGGUACAACGAUGUUGGUCUUGGAUUCAAGACACCCACGGAAGCCAUCAAGGGUCAUUACAUUGACAAGAAAUGCCCAUUCACUUCUUCCUCUGUCAGCAUCCGUGGCCGUAUUCUCACAGGUGUCGUCAUGUCCACCAAGAUGAAGCGUACUCUUAUUAUCCGAAGAGAAUACCUUCACUACAUUAAAAAGUACAAUCGUUAUGAGAAACGUCACAAGAACCUUGCUGCUCACGUUUCACCUGCUUUUAUCGACGUUGCAGCUGGCGAUACUGUUACUGUUGGUCAAUGCCGUCCUCUUUCCAAGACUGUCCGAUUCAAUGUUCUCAAGGUCCAAAAGAAGGUCAUCAAGGGAUCCAAGUCAUUUGUCAAGUUCUAA